CUCAAUAGGCCAGCGGUGCUUCAACACAUUAAUAAAUACAGCCAUGUAUUCAAUGUGCGUGAAGAUCGCUCUGUGCCUGGCUCUGGUCGCCUGCAUCGACGGCCACGUGCUGCGGACCCUGCCUCUAUCACCAGAAGGCAUCACUGUGGAGAUUGUACUGAAGAAUAAGGAGACUCGACACCAUCCAGUGACUACCAUGACGGUCGACAUCAAUGAAAAGGACAAGAAAGUUGGGAUUUUAAUGGCCGAAGCUCCAUCAGGGGUGCCGAAAGGAUUCCGCGAUAUGUUUGCAAAAGCUCCGAGGUUGGAAAAUCGUAAUAGUGUCCGGGUAGGCUCCUGCCCGGAGGGAACGGAGAGACAAAGUGGGUUCUGCUUCCCCACCGACGAUGCUUAAACAAAUCGACACUUUCUACGACGGACUUCAAUUGAUGUGAUUAUUAAUGAUGUUCAUUAAAAUUCUUCUGUGAAA